GUUUGAUUUUCGAAUUUUCGAAAUCGGUUCUUUGUUGACAUUUCUUAAACUUAAUUAUAAUGGAGAAAAUAGCUAAUCAAACGAUUCUACAGCCACUGACACUUGAUAGGCAAUUACCAGAAGGAGCUAGGCAACAUAAAGACGAUGACUGGAUGUGUAUACUUUGUGAGCACAUCGAGAAAAAUGAAAAAGAUAGUAAAAAAAUUCUACAGCACCUGUAUUUUACUCACCAUUUAAUCAUUUCUGAUGCUAAUGAUAUUGCUGAUUUAAAGGAAUAUCUAAAGUUUUGGAAUAAGGAAUAUAAAGGCCAUAAAAUCGAAGAAUAUUGCACGACAAUGCUUUGGAAACAAAAGCCUGACGGAACUAAAACUGAGGAGGAUGAGAAAUAUUACCUGUUGAGUGAUAUAGUUCCGAAGGAUAAAGAAUUGCGAUUGAAUUUACAAAAGAAGCAAGUUGAAAUUGCACUUUCAAGGCAUCAGUUCGAGCGUAGUGACAAGAAUUAUAAUCGUGGAUGCCUGUACUGUCGAUCAGUUAUAGAUCCAACGAGAUACAGCUAUAUUGAGCAUCUAUAUUCAAAGCAUUUCUUACAUCUUGGAAAGCCAGAGAAUCUUGUCUUUAUUGACGACUUAAUAGACUUCCUGGAAGAGAAAUUAAGCAAUUUAGUCUGUAUUUAUUGUGAGAAAAUAUUCAAGGACCGUGCAACAUUAAAGGAACACAUGAGAAAGAAAGGUCAUAAAAAGAUUAAUCCUGAAAAUGAAGCUUAUGAUAGAUUCUUUAUGGUGAAUUAUAAAAUCAAGGAACCGCCAGUAAAACAGCAAUAUCCUCAAAAAUCAUACACGCCACGGGACUUUCAAGAAAGUAAUCCUGUUGAAGAUGACGAUAAGGAGAUUUUUGAGAAUGAGGAUUCAGAAUGGAGUGAAUGGAGCGAACAAGAUAAGGAAAUCCUUACAACAUGCCUGUUUUGCGUACACAAGGAUAAAGAUUUUAAUGAAUUACUAGGUCACAUGAAGUUAAUUCACAAUUUUAACUUCGAGGAAAUUACAAUUAAUUUUAAUUUUUAUAAAAAAGUCAAGCUCGUGAAUUAUAUCAGGCGAAAAGUUCAUCUAAAGCAAUGCUUAGCAUGCGACGAGAACUUUGAGAACGCAGAAAUUUUAUUAACUCAUUUAAGUCACGAAAAUCAUACGCGAUGCGACAUCAAGUCAUUCGACAAGCCUGAAUUCUUCUUUCCAACUUUUGAAGACGAUAACUUUUUGUGUCAUCUUGAUAAUUUUGAUGAGAAUGAUGAUAUGUCGGAUGAUUCAUUUGGUGCUGUCAUUUCUGAAGAUAGAUUGCUUUCAAUUAAUGAAGAUGCUGAGAUGUUGUCUCGUGAAAAGUUUAUUGAUAUUUAAAUAAAUUGGAAAUAUCGAAAUUGGUCUAUUUAA